UGACGUCACUGGCAGGAGCUGUCCACGCAGCGGCGGUGCUGAAGCUGAACAAGAUGGCUGUGUGUUGGGGAGCGGAGAGCUGAGAGAGAAGAGAGGCAGAAAGAGUCACAUUUAGACCGACUGGCCGCAAAAAAUACAGAGAGGAUCGCGACGCUGGCGUUCACUCUCCAAGUGUGAAGAUUUGUAUUUUUAUCAGGCGCGCCGAGCCCCCGCCAGGCCCCCGCCUCUCUGCCAGGCUUCUCCAUCUCCAUCUCCAGCCCAGCGCCUCUCUCCCAGGCUGUAUAUUGCACAGAUUAGCUCAAUUACGGAAGCUGCUGAAGAAGCUGGAUCCUGGACUAAAGGCGCAUAAAAGAAAUGUCAUUGCUGUGUGUUGGAGUGAAAAAAGCCAAGCUCGAUGGACCCCAAGAGAAAUUUAACACAUACGUGACCCUGAAGGUGCAGAAUGUUAAGAGCACAACCAUUGCUGUGCGUGGCAGUCAGCCAUGCUGGGAGCAGGACUUCAUGUUCGAAAUAAACCGCCUGGACCUGGGCCUGACAGUGGAGGUGUGGAAUAAAGGGCUGAUCUGGGACACCAUGGUGGGCACCUUAUGGAUCCCCUUGCGCAACAUACGGCAGUCCAACGAGGAGGGUCCUGGCCAGUGGUUGACCCUGGACUCCAAUGCGAUCAUGGCUGAAAAUGAGAUCUGUGGAACCAAAGACCCGACCUUUCACAGGCUGCUGCUCGACACCCGCUUUGAACUCCCACUAGACAUUCCUGAGGAAGAGGCUCGGUACUGGGCCAAGAAACUUGAACAACUAAACGCCAUGAGAGAUCAAGAUUACGCCUAUCAAGAAGAACAGGAGCGACCACUCCACGCACCGACCACACAAUGCUGUAAUUGGAGUCUGUGGGGAGAUCAGCAAAACGAGGAUCCAGACAGCGCCGUGGAUGACAGGGACAGCGACUACCGCAGUGAGACCAGUAACAGCAUCCCACCUCCCUACUACACCACCUCCCAGCCCAAUGCUUCCAUGCACCAGUAUCCCAUGAGGCAUCAGCACUACAGACACUCCUACAAUGAUGAGAUCCAUGAGCUGGACUACGACCACAGAGCCAUGAGACGCUAUGAUAGUUUAGACUCGGCCACCAACGGGCGCAGCGAUAUCGACUCAGGCUCAGGGUCGAGCCGGCGCACCAGUCGUCAGUAUUCUCUAGACAGUAGGCAUUCACUGUCCGAUAGUCCCACAGACAGCCGCUACGCCUCGUCAGGCGAGUUGAGUCGAGGCAGCUCUCAGCUCAGCGAGGAGUUUGUCGCCGAGGACGGCGAGAGCUUGCGAGGUUCGGAGUUCUACGAUGAAAACGACUCCUACCACUCCUGCCACUCCUCCGUCAGCUACGGCAAAGAGGACUCCCCGGUCUGGGACGGCGAGGACCCCCAAGGCAUCUACAGCGACGAAGGAGGCUACCUCAAAGACGGAGGGGAAGAGGGGGCGCUGUAUGCCGAAGAGGAGGGUGAAAUAUACGGGGAGGAUGGAGAGUACAACUACGAAGAUGAGGAGGAGAUGCCUUUUGAGGAAGAUGAAGAUAUGUAUCCGCUCGACGGCACGCUCAGCGAGGACCAGGAGCCGCCCUACACCCCCACGCCUACAGGCACCGCCCCCACUCUGAUGCCCCCAUCUGACGGCCUGGCCUCCACUAGACCUCCGCUGGAGAAGCAGGCGUCGUUGCACCAGCAGCGUCCGGCCCAGGAUCAGCUCCAGCCCCCCAGCACAGCUCCCAGUCUACCUCCAGUCACACAGGGGGACACCUUAUUGCCCCCUUUCAGUGCAGAACCCACCAAGUCUCCAUUCGCUCCUGCCCAGCCAGCUCUGUCAACCACAACUAUACCCCCCCCCACAGCUACAUUGCAGCUUCCAGGUCCAGACAUGGAGCCCAUUCAGCCUGAAGAUAAGCCUGAGGUCCCACCAGAGCAGCCGAGAUCUCCUGAGCAGCCUCCAGCAGCCACAGAGAUCGUUCCUCCAGAGAAACCAGAGGAGCCGCCUGUUCCAAGCUUCCCAAAGAGGGAAUUAAUGGAACCUGGUCCUGCCAGAGCCAAAGCCAACUGGCUUCGACUUUUCAGCAGAGUACGACUACAGCUGCAAGAGGCCCGAGGGGAAAGUGUUGGCAUUGCCUCUCUGCUUUUAUCAGCAGGGAUGGGUGGUGCUCUGUAUAGCAUUGACAGCAUGCCAGACCUCAGGAAGAGGAAAGCUAUGCCUCUUGUGAGAGAUCUGUCCUUGGUUCAGAACUCCAGGAAGGCAGGAAUCACCUCAGCGCUGACGUCCAGCACCCUGCACAACGAAGAACUGAAGAGUCAUGUCUACAAGAAGACUCUCCAGGCCCUCAUUUAUCCCAUCUCCUGCACCACCCCACACAACUUCGAGGUGUGGACUGCCACCACGCCCACUUACUGCUACGAGUGUGAGGGACUGCUGUGGGGGAUUGCUCGCCAAGGCAUGCGCUGUACCGAGUGUGGAGUCAAAUGCCACGAGAAAUGCCAAGAUCUACUUAAUGCUGAUUGUCUGCAAAGAGCAGCAGAGAAAAGCUCCAAACAUGGCGCAGAAGACCGAACCCAGAACAUCAUCAUGGUUCUUAAAGACCGCAUGAAGAUCCGCGAGAGGAACAAACCUGAGAUCUUCGAGCUCAUCCAGGAAGUGUUCACUGCCCCCAAAUCCACCCACGUCACCCACAUGAAGCAGAUCAAACAGAGCGUGCUGGACGGCACUUCUAAAUGGUCGGCAAAGAUCAGCAUCACAGUGUUGUGUGCCCAGGGUCUACAAGCCAAGGAUAAAACCGGCUCCAGCGAUCCUUAUGUCACCGUUCAGGUGGGAAAGACAAAAAAGAGGACCAAGACGAUCUAUGGCAACCUCAACCCGGUCUGGGAGGAGACGUUUAAUUUUGAAUGUCACAACUCGUCAGACCGUAUCAAGGUGCGAGUCUGGGACGAGGACGACGACAUUAAGUCUCGCGUGAAGCAGAAGUUCAAGCGGGAAUCAGACGACUUCCUCGGUCAAACGAUCAUCGAGGUCCGCACUCUGAGCGGAGAGAUGGACGUCUGGUACAACCUGGACAAGCGUACAGACAAAUCAGCUGUUUCUGGAGCUAUCCGCAUGCACAUUAAUGUAGAGAUCAAAGGAGAGGAGACGGUGGCCCCCUAUCACGUUCAGUACACCUGUUUGCAUGAAAACCUCUUCCACUAUGUGACAGAUAUCCAGAACAACGGCGUGGUGAAGAUCCCUGACGCCAAAGGAGAUGACGCAUGGAAGGUCUACUUUGAGGAGACUCCCCAGGAGAUCGUAGAUGAGUUUGCCAUGCGUUACGGAGUGGAGUCCAUCUACCAGGCCAUGACUCACUUUGCCUGCCUGUCAUCUAAGUACAUGUGCCCAGGUGUGCCUGCAGUGAUGAGCACCCUGCUGGCUAACAUCAACGCUUACUACGCUCACACCACCCAGGCAACUAACAACGUCUCUGCCUCCGAUCGCUUUGCUGCUUCUAACUUUGGGAAAGAGCGAUUUGUCAAGCUUCUCGACCAGCUGCACAACUCUCUGAGGAUCGACUUGUCCAUGUACCGCAACAACUUCCCUGCCAGCAGUCCUGAGAGGCUGCAGGACCUCAAGUCCACCGUGGACCUCCUCACCAGUAUCACCUUCUUCAGAAUGAAGGUGCAAGAGCUUCAGUCUCCACCCAGAGCCAGUCAGGUGGUGAAGGAUUGUGUCAAAGCUUGUCUCAACUCCACCUACGAGUACAUCUUCAAUAACUGCCAUGAGCUGUACAGCCGCGAGUAUCAGACAGACCCGGCCAAACAAGGUGCCGUGCCUCCGGAGGAGCAGGGACCCAGCAUCAAGAAUCUGGAUUUCUGGUCCAAGCUCAUCACACUUAUUGUCUCCAUAAUCGAGGAGGACAAGAACUCCUACACUCCCUGCCUGAACCAGUUUCCCCAGGAGCUCAACGUGGGUAAAAUCAGUGCUGAAGUGAUGUGGAACCUGUUUGCUCAGGAUAUGAAGUAUGCAAUGGAGGAACAUGAAAAAAAUCGCUUGUGCAAGAGUGCAGAUUACAUGAACCUGCACUUCAAGGUGAAGUGGCUGUACAAUGAGUACUGCAAAGACCUGCCAUUCUUUAAGAGCAGAGUACCUGAAUAUCCUGCGUGGUUCGAACCAUUUGUUAUUCAGUGGCUGGACGAAAACGAGGAAGUGUCUCGGGACUUUCUGCACGGUGCUUUGGAGAGGGACAAAAAAGAUGGGUUCCAGGUCACAUCAGAACACGCUCUGUUCUCCUGCUCGGUCGUAGAUGUGUUUUCCCAGCUCAACCAGAGCUUCGAGAUCAUCAGGAAGCUGGAGUGUCCAGAUCCACAGAUCGUAGGACAUUACAUGAAGCGAUUUGCUAAGACCAUCAGCAAUGUGCUCCUGUCCUACGCUGAUAUCAUCUCCAAGCUGUUUGCCAACUAUGUUACCAUGGAGAAAGUGCCCUGCAUCCUGAUCAACAACAUACAACAGCUGAGAGUUCAGCUGGAGAAGAUGUUUGAGGCCAUGGGUGGAAAGGAUCUGUGUGUGGAGGCGAGUGAUAUCUUGAAAGACCUGCAGGUGAAGCUCAACAAUGUCAUGGAUGAUCUCAGCAGAGUGUUCGCUGUCAGUUUCCAGCCUCACAUAGAGGAGAAUGUGAAGCAGAUGGGAGACAUCUUGGCUCAAGUGAAGGGAACCUCGAAUGUAGGAAAUGCGAGCAGCGUGGCCCAGGAUGCUGACAACGUCCUGCAGCCCAUCAUGGAGUUCCUGGACAGCAACUUGACUUUGUUUGCUAAAAUCUGUGAGAAGACUGUGCUGAAACGUGUGCUGAAGGAGCUGUGGAAGCUGGUGAUGAACACCAUGGAGAAGACCAUCGUUCUGCCGCCGCUCACAGACCAAACGGGGAGGCUGAAGAGUGCUUCUCACAGUGAUGGCACUCAGCUCAUCUUUAACGCUGCCAAGGAGCUGGGACAGCUGUCCAAGCUGAAGGAGCACAUGGUUCGAGAGGAGGCCAAAGCACUCACCCCUAAGCAGUGUGCUGUGAUAGAGCUGGCCCUGGACACCAUCAAGCAAUACUUCCAUGCUGGUGGUGUUGGUCUGAAGAAGACUUUCCUGGAGAAGAGUCCUGACCUCCUGUCUCUUCACUACGCCCUGUCCCUCUACACGCAGGCUACAGAUAAACUCAUUAAGACCUUUGUCCAGUCACAGAAUGCACAAGUGUUCGGCGGGAAGGGGGUGAGGUUCACCACUAGUGAGGAUGUUUACCCAGAGAAGGGCUCUGGGGUGGACGAUGCCGUGGGAGAGGUGUCCAUCCAUGUGGAGAUUUUCACUCACCCCAACACUGGAGAGCACAAGGUCACAGUGAAAGUGGUGGCUGCCAACGACCUGAGGUGGCAGACGCAGGGAAUAUUCCGGCCAUUUGUGGAGGUUUAUAUCAUCGGCCCUCACCUCAGCGACAAGAAGAGGAAGUACGCCACCAAGUCGAAGAACAACAGUUGGGCUCCCAAAUACAAUGAAACCUUCACCUUCACCCUGAGUAGCGAGGUGGGUCCUGAGUGCUACGAGCUGCAGGUGUGCGUGAAGGAUUACUGCUUCGCCCGGGAGGACCGCACCGUGGGCAUGGCCGUCCUGCAGCUGAAGGACAUGGCGUCCAAAGGCAGCGUGGCCUGCUGGCUUCCUCUGGGUAAACGCAUCCACAUGGACGAGACAGGCCUCACCGUGCUGCGCAUCCUCUCCCAGCGCAACAACGACGACGUGGCCAAGGAGUUCGUCAAGCUCAAGUCGGACCAGCGCUCUGCAGAGGAGGGCCGGAGCUAAGAGACGGGAUUUAAAACAACCACCUACUGCCCCGGAGCUCUCUGAGCCACUGCUAGUCACUGCCCUGAUGAUCCAGUGUUGUAAAAGCACAGAUAAGACACCACACAUCCAGUGCUGUAAAUACAUUCAUUUCAAGGAAAGAACACAGUGCGAAACAAGUCAUCACACGUUUUCUUUAAAAAGCACCAGUGUCUUGCAGAUAUUAUCAGCCAUUAUUUUUAAUGAACAAUACAUAAAGUUAAAACAUAUAAAGCAUAUAUUGACUUUCCUCUGUCCGUAGAGGUGAGUUGUUUCAUCCCAAACUAGGGUUGCAAUGGUCUGAGAUUUUCCCGGUAUGAUAAUCUUA